GGUGUACUUCCGAUGAGCUCAGUCAUUCAAUCUCACAAUUCCACAACCGAACACCCCCACCAACCCCCAGAUCAUCCCAAUUGAAAUUUCUGUCCCAACCACACUUCUUGAUCCACCGCCAAAAAACCACAGCUCUCCAUGGGAACUGCUGGAUCUACCCAUCAACCCCAAUCUCUCCUCAACGAACAAGGAGAACAACAUCUACUCCCAAAAGCCACCAAACCCCCCACCAAACUCUCCCUCCUCCCCCUAAUCUUCCUCAUCUAUUUCGAGGUGGCCGGCGGCCCCUACGGCGAAGAACCCGCCGUAGCCGCCGCCGGCCCCCUCCUCUCCCUCCUCGGCUUCCUCAUCUUCCCCUUCAUCUGGAGCAUCCCAGAAGCCCUCAUCACCGCCGAGCUCUCCACCGCCUUCCCCGGCAACGGCGGCUUCGUCAUCUGGGCCCACAAAGCAUUCGGACCCUUCUGCGGGUCCCUCCUCGCCACGUGGAAACUACUCACGGGCAUCUUCAAUCUAGCCUCCUACCCAGUCCUCUGUGUCGACUAUCUCCAGUUGGUCUUCCCUUUUUUCUCCUCGGGUGUGCCUAGAUAUCUAGCUAUCCUGUUCUCAACUCUGUUCCUGUCAUUCUUGAAUUACACUGGGUUGACCAUAGUUGGGUACACUGCAGUGUGUUUGGGACUUGUUUCGCUUUCCCCAUUUGUAGCAUUGACAUUGUUUUCAAUUCCUAAGAUUAACCCUAUCAGGUGGGUUAGCUUGGGUGAGAAAGAAAAGGACUGGGCUUUGUUUUUCAACACACUCUUUUGGAACCUAAACUUUUGGGACAGUGCUAGUACAUUAGCUGGUGAAGUGGAAAACCCACAAAAAACAUACCCAAAGGCAUUGUUUUCAGCCGGGAUUUUCACUUGUUUGGCAUACUUGAUUCCUCUAAUGGCUGCAACUGGGGCUGUACCUCUAGAUCAAGAGGAUUGGGUUAAUGGGUAUUUCGCGGAUGUCGGCGAAAUGGUUGCGGGGAAGUGGUUGAAGUACUGGAUCGAGAUCGGUGCGGUUUUAUCUGUCAUUGGGCUGUUUGAGGCUCAACUGAGUAGUUGUGCUUAUCAAAUUCUUGGUAUGGCUGAUUUAGCUGUUUUGCCUCGGUGUUUCGGGGUACGGUCCAAGUGGUUCAACACACCUUGGGUUGGGAUUCUGGUACCAACAUUGGUGGCAUUGGCAGUUUCUUAUCUGGGUUUUGAAGACAUUAUAUCUUCGGUGAAUUUCUUGUACAGUUUGGGGAUGUUGUUGGAAUUCGCAUCGUUUCUUUGGCUGAGGAGGAAGAUGCCGGAGGUGAAGAGGCCUUAUAAGGUUCCGUUGCCGUUUUCCGGGCUGGUGAUCAUGUGCUUGGUACCAUCUGGGUUUCUGGUUUAUAUUAUGGCUGUUGCUAGUAAGGCUGUGUGUUUGGUGAGUGCAUUGUUGACUCUGGUUGGGAUUGCUUGGUACUUUAUUAUGAAGUUUUGCAAGUCAAAGGCUUGGAUUGAGUUCAGUAGUGGUGGAGAAAAGGAUGGAGAUGAAGAUUAGGGUGUUGAAGGGAUGAUGUUUGCUUUUUUUAUCCUUUCUGGAUUGAUGAAAAUAUUAUUACUAUAACGUUGGAGUUUUUAA